CACAAGGGAUGCAAUCCGCGGAUAAUUUGAAGUACAAAGAAAGUGCAUCGAUGUGUAUUGUUAACUGAAACUUUUCGAAUUUAUGCGAGAAUUCUGCGGAAAUUGACGGAGCGUUCGUAUUGCCUGAAAGUAUCUUAAUAUGGAUUGUGGUCAAGGAUGCUAGCUGCAGUAUCAUAGGAAACAAGACCCCACAGCAACCAGAAAAUGGAGGUUUUAAGAGAAAGCUCCAAUCAUGCAAUAAUGCCAAUGUCUGCCAAGAGACAACUGCCAGGUGAUCAAAUGUAUCCGCCAAAGAAGAGGGCGCUGUUCGAGCACAAACUGUUACAUGGAAUUGAGAACUUUGCUCUUAACCAACAAAAGUCAAUUCCUGAUGCAGGGUCGAAACACGAAAUCAAUGCAAGACUUGUUGAAGAUGGUAUGAAAGAAAAUACAGAAAACAAGGAAAAUGUUUAUUUUAAAACGAUGCACAAUUUUCCACGCCAAAGGAAUGAUUCUCUGCAGUCAGUACAUUCAGAGAUAAGUGAGUCUUGUGAAUCGAAUGUGACAAGAUCACGGGAGGCGUCACCCGUGGAAGCAUCUGGAACCAACUUUGAUCACCGAACCCCAGAAAGAACCCCAAGUUAUGGAAUUACCCUCUUGAGACCUCAAUUGUCUAAGCCCCUCUUUCGGGAAACGGUUGAGGAGGGUGCUCUAAGUUUGCAGGCCAGUGACACUAUUGAGCAGAGAAAAUAUCUGGGUUGCUUCAUUGAAGAAACUGGUGCUCAAAGUUAUGUGAGAACAGACAUGGCUAAUUCUGUAAAAGCCGACAGUCUUCUGGUGGGUGAGGAAAUAGCCAAUGGAACAAAUGGAUUGAAUGGCCAAGUCAAUAUACCUGGAAUUAUUUAUGCCAAACUUGCAUAUGAUAAGGUUCAAGCUGGUCUUGAAAUGAGCACAUCUGCUUAUUCAAAAUCAGAAGAAGCCAGGAAUAAGACUUAUAUGGGGCCCAUGGUGUCACUGCUGGAGAAAUUUAACUCUGUAGCUCCUAAUACAGGCACCGGUCUCUCAUUGCAAAUGAAGGCUUCGGUGGACAAUAUGAAACCAGUGGACGCUGUUUCGGAGAGUAAAAAUGAAGUCAGAAUUAUGUCAAGUAAUGGAUCUUCUGACAGUUUGUCUCCACCUGCAGGAAGCCUUCAUGAAAGUUCAGGUUUAUUGAAUUGUAGCGAAUGUCUGAAAUCAUUUUCGUCGCUUGAUGCACUAAGAAAUCACCAGCUGGUACACAAGGAGAAGUCACUGGCCUGCUGGGUGUGUUACACGAAGUUUGGCAGCUCAGAGAAGCUUGUUAGUCACAUGAAACUGUUCCAUAAGGGAGUGAAUCCAUACCGUUGCCAGCAUUGCUCAAGAGAGUUUAGUCAGUACAACAACCUGAGGAGGCAUUUACGGGUGCACCGGGAAAAGCUGUACCGGUGUGAAGUGUGCGAUCGUGAAUUUAACGAAGAGUUUUAUUUGAAUAUGCAUAUGAGCACACAUACGGGAAAGCGUGUCUACAGCUGCGGUGUUUGUAGUGCUGGGUUCUCGUCUAGUCAUGAGCUGAAAAUCCAUGUCAAGUCCCACUCCCCUUCUCAGCUCCACUCCUGCGAUGUCUGCGGUAAGUCGUUCAGUAAAGCGUGUGUCUUGCGGCAACAUAAGAAAGGGCAUACCGGUGAUAGGCCCCACAAGUGUGAUCAUUGUCAGAAGACGUUUAUUCAUAGACAUCAUUUAACGAUGCACCUGAGGUCCCAUACAAACAGUAAGCAGUACACAUGCACGGUGUGUCGUAAAGAGUUUGCCCAGAGCAGUCAUCUUUACAAGCAUCUGCGCUCGCAUGAAGAGAAUAAGGACAUUGGCAAUGAGUCUGAGAAUACUUUGCCUACUUUAUCACAGGCUUCAUUGCUUGUUGGAGAUGUAGAAGCGAAUAAAAGAGGGAGAUCUCUGAGCAUGCCAAUGAUGGGUGUGGAAUCAGUUCAGCAAAAUGGAAGUAUUGAAAGUUUGGAGAAUGUGAAUGUGACUGUGAAUAUGCCAAAAGAUGCAUUGAACGAUAGAGAAUGGUUGGUGAAGAGACCCAAAGAAAGAAUAAGAGCAAAGUCAACAUAUUCAGGACAAGUAAAAAAUGAAAGUUCAACAAGUGUAAAGGAAACAUUACCUUGCAAGAGGAUUGCUGGGUAUGAAACAAAAGACAUGGAAACAUUCAGCACCAAACUGACACUAAGUGAAAACAUUCACCGAUUGCAAUCAGGGGCAGUCACUGCUUCUCAAAAGCUCCCCGUCAUUGGAAAUGCCUUUGAGUUACCUUCCUUGUCAAAAACUCCAACUCUAUCCACCUUUGGCCCUGCCUCCUAUAGUAUUACAAACGCUGGUUCAACUUAUCAUGUAACCCCAGCAGUUCCAUCCUCUUUCCCUUAUCCAAUGUUCAGCAAUCCACCUGCAAUGUUGGGAUCCCAGAAAUACCUUGACUAUAACCAGAUGUGUCAGGCAUACAACAGCCAGGUGCAGGCAUACUACAACCACAUGUUCAUGCUCAACUACAUGGCCCAAAACAGUGGAAAUAGUGGAAUUUAUCCUUUAUAUCCGGCUCAAGGUCAAACCAAGGGUAGUGACUCAAGGUCAAGGUCAUUGAGUGCAAGCCAGGCAGAAGUAAGGGGUUUCGGAUCUGUUAAUAUGGAACUGAAGGAUUUCAGAAAAAAAGAAGUAACGAAACUCAGUAGAAGAGAUUCAAAUGAGCAGAAAAUCCAGUGUUCGGAAAUGUCAUCAAUGAACUGUUCAAAUUAUAGCCUGCCCAAUUCUGGGCAACCUAAACAGGUUUUGUGUUAUACUGACAAUAGUUACGUAACAUCUGAAUCAAAGUGUGUUGAAAGUGAUUCUCAUCCACGUAAAGAACAGUUGGCUUUACCUUCCAUGCUGAAAAAUGAAGAAAGUACCACUCGCACCGAAGUUGCGCAACAGCUGUUGAAAAUGUCUACCUGCCAAGUACAGGCAACCGUACCUAGUCACAAUUGUGAACAAAGGAUGAAAAAUGUCAAAGAUUGUUCUUCUCUGAAUGAGGCAUAUAAUGUUGAACAUGCUAAUAGAAUUGAUGAAUCAGACAAGAAAAUGAAAGGUGUUAAUCUUAUACCUUUUGAAAAUGGUCAGAAAGAUAAAGUUCUGAUUGAAAAACGUCUUAGCGGUAAACAUAUUGUUGAAGACAAAAGAGAUGGAGAUGAGGUUGAUAUAAGUGUAUCCCGGAUGUAUUACUAUGAUGCAAGUCUGGGGGAGGGGGCUUUGAAGAUUGACAUUGAUGUGGAUACAUUUGAACAGACUGUUGACAAGCAUGAUGAAACGACCAAGAGUGUUCAAAAUGAGAUGGCAAAGACAGGUGGUGAGGCAAGAAAUAAAAGCUGUGAACAAAGUCAAGAAAUCCAGAGUGACACUAAACGAAAGGCCAGAGCAAUUAUGAAUGAUCCGCUAAAAGAAACAGGAAAGGUUAAAACUGAAAUGGGAUUUGUUGAGAAGAAUGCCAGUGAAUACAGUGAUGAUAAUAAUGUGAAGAAAUUCGUAUAUGAUUCUUUGAAUGAGAUCACUGGAAGUGCAAGGGAUGAGGUGAAAUGUAAACUAAAAAAUUAUGGUAAUCGUUCUGACAGGCAGAAAAAUACCAAAGAUGUUGAAACAUUGAAAGAAGACACUGAAACUGUAUUGGAUUUGUCAUUUCACAAGAAACAGGCUAAAAAAAUUACUCUCAGUCCUAGAAAAGACUUUCAGAACUGGCAAACUGAUAAGGUGGGAAAAUAUGGAAAUAGUCCAAUAAAGAACAAAAUGAUGGAUGAAAGGAUGAAGGAAAACCAUGUGUUAAGCAAAAAAGUAAUUGAAAGAAAUCCAAGAGAACUAGGAAUUUUGAGUCCUAGCAAAAUAAUGAAUAGCAGAAACGUGAAAGAGAAUUAUGUUUUUUAAGUCCAAGCACGACAAUGACAACAGGGAACUACAUGUGUAACCACAUAAACACUAAUGGUGUUCCGAGUCCCACCAAAAUUAAUAGAAAAAUGUUUGAGUUAUAUUUGUAAUGUAAUUUUUGCAUCGCACAAUAAAGGGUGGAUUAUAUACAUUUAUUAUUUUAAGAUCUUAACAGAAAAUGGAAACCUAAAAACCUUUAAACUCUGUUUACAUUUUAUUCUUUUCAAUGUAUUUCAUGCUUAAUAUUCUGAAUAAUAAGUUUCAGGUGAAACUAUUUUGAUGCAUUGGCAUCUUUUGACAAAGACCCAUUUUUAAAACAAACUUUACAUAGUAAUAUUUGACAGUUGCUUGACUUAUCUUUAUGAAUGUACAUUUGAACAUGAGCAAUUGUUGUUCUCUUUUGAUUUUGAUUUGCAUGUCUGUUUGUGCCAUUAAAUUGACACAUUAGUCUGUCUUUCAGGAUGUUUUCUGUUGUUUUUUUAUUUAUGUGUAUUGUAUGUAAUUCAGAUUGUUUAUGCUCCCCAAUUUUUUUUAGGGGGAGCUUAUUGUCGCCGCUUCGUCUGUCCGUCCAUGUGUCCGUCCGUGCACAAUUUUUGUCCGGGCUAUUUCUCAGCAAUUAAUGACCCGAAUUCAAUGAAACUUUUUGGGAAGCUUCACUACCAAGAGGAGAUGUGCAUAUGAUCAGCCGGUCUGGCCGGAUGAUUUUUCUCAGAGUUAUGGCCCUUUGAAAUUUUCCAUUAACUGUACAAAUAGUGCAAUUCUUGUCCGGGCUAUUUCUCAGCAACUAAUGACCGGAAUUCAAUGAAACUUUAUGGGAAGCUUCACUACCAAGAGGAGAUGUGCAUAUUAUCAGCGGGUUCUGGUCGGAUGAUUUUUCAUAGAGUUAUGGCCCUUUGAAAUUUUCUAUAAAAAAAUUAUUGUCCCCCAAACUACUGUGCCCUCAAGACGUUUCCUUUUAUCUGAAUAUAUAGUGCAAUAUUGUGACAAAAAAAAACCUUUGGGGAGCAUCACUCGUCUCCGACAGUUUCUUGUUUCCAUUGAUUAUGUUCGACCUAAAAUAAUAAUUUAAUUUUACCUCUUUUUUUUAUUUCAAUGCUUCCUUUGCAAUAGCAGACUAUUGUCUGUUCUCAUUUUCUCAAGCAUAUUUAAUGGACAGUAAUAUCGUUGUUGAUUUGAAUAAGUAUUGCUUUUGCUAUAUUUACCUUAACAAAUGCCCUCAUUCUCAUAGUUUUUUUCCCUCAUUAUAAAUGUAUUUUGCCAUAUUAUUAUUUCAUUUUGCCUCAUUGCCUAUUUUUUCCCAUUUACCAUUGCAUUUUUCCACAUUGUCUUGUCUUAUCAUAUAGCCACAUGACCUUUGCAUUUUGCCCCAUUGUGAAAUCAUAUUACCACAUUACCAUUGCAGUUUUGUCGCAUCGUCAAAGUAAUUUGCCACAUUAACAAUUUACAUGCGUAUUGAAAUGUUAAACAAACAUUGAAUUUUGUUAUACAUUUGCAUGUUUUUAUGCCCCUGCAAACAACAUUUGUAAGGGAGGGUACAUGUAUGUUGGAGUCAAUCUUUUGGUCAAUUUAUUGGUCUGUCAAAACCAAAUGAGUAAUGUUAAUGGAGCAAAUAACUUCUAAAUUUCUUCAGUGAUUAAAUUGAAGCUAUACAAUUGAAGCCUCUGUGAAAAGGGAGUUUAAUGCAGGUGCAUAAAGUAUCGUCCUAGAAUAGCUUGCGAAGUAUGCACAGGCUAAUGACGGACGUCACUGUCUGCUGCUAUUGUAUUUUUCGUUUAAUGGAUAACUUUUCUUGCCAAAAAUCAAGUUUAGGCAAAAAAUAUUGUUCUUGAUUAGUCGGUGUGGACUGCACAGGCAAAUCAGAGACAACACUUCAUGCACAUACUUUAAACCCCCUUUUCACAGAGCGCGGCUCAUAUAUGAGUCGCGUUCUGUGAAACCUGGGCAUAAUGCAUGUGCGUAAAGUGUUGUCUCAGAUUAGCCUGUGCAGUCCACACAGGCUAAUCAGGGACAAUACUUUACGCUUAAAUUGGAUUUUAGCUAAGAAGAGACUUCAUUUAAACAUAAAAAUUCAUAAAAGCGUAAAGUGUCGUCCCUGUUUAGCCUGUGUGGAUCUUUGACGACACUUUACGCACAUGCAUUAUGCCCAGUUUUCUCAGAACACCACUCAUAUAAUUAUUGUGAAGUGUUUUGAUCCAUGUAUUUCUGAUCAAUGUUCUGGACUCUGGGCAUGGCUGAUUUGCCUGAUAGGAAGUGGUGUGGAUUAUAACAAAGUCAUGUUGAUUACAAAACUCUUCAUCCCUUGUACACAACUCUGCAUCCAUUGUCAUUAUUCUAGAAUUGGAUUCUAAGCCAUUGGCAUUUGUGCAUUUUCCAUAUAGUCUUUCACAAUACCAAUUCAUGUACAACUCGGUCAUGUAUUUCAUACAUGUCCAUUGGAAGUUAAAUUACCAUUGGAUUUUGAUGGUAAUCACCUUUUUGUAUAUAUGUAAAAAAUAUGAUUCUUUUUAAGUUUGAUGGGAUGUUACUUAUGACUGACAUUAGUGUUUACAUGUACCCACUUAUAUAUCAUGUGUUAUACUACAUGUAGACUGGCUGUAUAUACAUGUGCAGUAUUGGUUCGUUUUCUGCAUGGGGGUGACUGAUGUCUGAAUACCCUUUGUGGUACUGUUUGUUUACCAUGCCAAAGAAAUUUGUCCUUAUAUUUAUCACUGCUAAUUACAUUGAAAUGAGGAUUAUUUAGAUUUUUGCAUUGAAGUUAGAUAGAUAGUAAAUACAUUAAUUUGCACUGAAGCAUUUGAAUGAUGGAAACACCUCUUAACUUUUGCUGCAAAACUUUUAACAUCAAAUGAGCCAAUGAAACAGAAUGGUCAUUAAAACAGACCUAGUUUCCGAUUAUGUUAUGUAAGAUUUAACAUUUUAUUAAUAUAUUCUAAUACACCAGUAUGAAUAUUUUAAAUUAUACAAAGAAGUUGACCUUUUCAGGGACACUGUUCCUUUCUUUUAUUGGAGGUACCCAGUAAAUUUUGUUUUGAAUGCUUGUUGUGCCAUAACAUAUAUACAUGUACAUAUAAUAUAAAAUGUAUUUUUAAAUCCAAACUUUGCAUAGAAAUCCUUAAGCAUAUAGACCAAAUAUUAUUUUACAACACAAGGAAUGGAAAACUAAAUUAAAUAAUUCUGCAACAUGUUCACCUAUUAUAUCAGUUUUAAUGCUUGUUUUUUUUUUUAAUGUGAAGUUUCAAACUCAUAAAUAUUGUAAAGAUUUGAUAUUCUAUCUUCUUGGUAACAGAAAGCAAAGCAUUUCUUAAUGAAAAUAAAAAAGUUAAGCUUAAUUAUGCCCCCCUUCGAAGGUCGGUCUGUCCACCAGAUGGUUUCCAGAUGAUAACUCAAGAACGCUUAGGCCUAGGAUCAUGAAACUUCAUAGGUACAUCAAUCAUGACUUUCAGAUGGCCCCUAUUGAUUUUCAGGUCACUAGGUCAAAGGUCAAGGUCACAGUGACUCGAAAUAGUAAAAUGGUUUCUGGAUGAUAACUCAAGAAUGCUUACGCCUAGGAUCAUGAAACUUCAUAGGAACAUUGAUCAUGACUUGCAAAUGACCCCUAUUGAUUUUGAGGUCACUAGGUCAAAGGUCAAGGUCACAGUGACUCGAAACAGUAAAUUGGUUUCCGGAUAACUCAAGAAUGCUUAGGCCUAGAAUCAUGAAACUUUAUAGGUACAUUGAUCAUGACUGGCAGAUGACCCCUAUUGAUAUUCAGGUCUCUAGGUCAAAGGUCAAGGUCACAGUGUUUUGAAACAGUAAAAUGGUUUCCGGAUGUUUACUUUAAGAAUGCUUACGCCUAGGAUCAAAAAAUUUCAUAAGAACAUUGCUCAUGACUGGCAGAUGACCUCUAUUGAUAUUCAGGUCACUAGGUCAAAGGUCAAGGUCACAGUGACUCGAAACAGUAAAAUGGUUUCCUGAUGAUAACUCAAGAAUAAUUAGGCCUAGGAUCAUGAAACUUCAUAGGUACAUUGUUCAUGACUGGCAGAUGACCCCUAUUGAUUUUCAGGUCACUAGGUCACAGGUCAAGAUCACAGUGACAAAAAACGUAUUAACACAAUGGCUGCCACUACAACUGACGGCCAAUAUGGGGGGCAUGCAUGCUUUACAAACAGCCCUUGUUUGUUCCAUAGUUGCUCUGUGAACACCAGGGCCCUUAUUAAUACAGCCCCUUGUUAAAUUCCUUAAAUUCAAAUUUUGUGUCUAUUUCAUAUUUAGUUUUUUUUAUAUAUUUACAUGCUAUGAACAAGUUAAUAUUAUUAACCAGGUUUUCCGAAGGAAAAAACUGGUUAUUAGAUUGGCGAAUGCGGGCAAGCUGGCGGGCGGGCGGAACAAGCUUGUCCGGGCAAUAACUUUGUCGUUCAUUGUGAGAUUUUAAAAUCAUUUGGCACAUUUGUUAACCAUCAUUAGAUGGUGUGUUGCGCGAAAAAAUUACAUCAAUAUCUCUAAGGUCAAGGUCACACUUUGAGUUCAAAGGUAAAAAAUAGCCAUAAAUGAGCUUGUCUGGGCUAUAACUAUGUCAUUCAUUAUGAGAUUUUAAAAUCAUUUGGCACAUUUGUUCACCAUCAUGGGACGGUGUGUCGCACGAAAGAAUCACGUCAAUAUCUCCAAUGUCAAGGUCGCCACGACUAAAAAUAGAUUUAUUUUAAAACAAACUUACAAAGGGGGUUAAUUUUGUUUGUUCAUUUCAAAAGUUCAGUUUGAGUUGUCUCCCUUUAUCAGAUUUUUUUUCACAAUGAAAACCUGGUUUUGUGACAAUUUUGUCCCUUGUUUACAUUUGUUUGAAAACAGAAAACAUCAGAUUUCUCAUAUAAUGAUUAUCUGUAUUAGCUCUUUAGUACAACACAUGUCCUAAGGAGCUUUUUGAAAAUCAGUCCUGUUCUGUAUUGCUUUUUGAAAACUGGCCCUGUUCACAGUUUUUGCUUAUAUCUUUAAGUGUUGUUUCUUUCUUGUACAAUGACCAGAUGGAAUGGUGUCUCCCCAGUGGUAUUUGUGAUUGCUUACACGUGUUCUAUUGCACGUUGUAUAUACAAAUAAAACCUAGUCGAUGUUGUGAUUAGAAAUGAUUCUGUUCAAAAGGAAAAAAAUAAUAAUAAAAAUCAAUAGAA